CGGUCCAUUAAUAUCAGCUCUCACCUGCCCCCAUCAGUUUCGAUAUUGCGCGAAAGCUCCAUUCUCCGCAUCUGAAAGAAAAGGCGCAAACCCCAAUCUGAUGCCCCAAUUGAAAUCAAAUCCCUAAACACAAUAAAAAAGUUCGAUAUAAUUAGAAAUUUGGAAGAUAACAACACCGAUUCCCUUCUCUUUUAUUGAAAUUUUGAAAACUUAGGAAAGAGAUGAUUGAAGACGGUGGCGCUAGGGCUUCUUCCGAUGAUCCGACUGUAAGCAACGGUGCUUCACAAACAAGACAAAGGAAAAAGAGAAAGUGGGAUCAGCCUGCGGAGGGUUUUGUUUCGGCUGGAUUUGCUGUCCCAUUUACCAACAUGGGAACUCUUGCUGGCAUGCCACCUCCUGGUGUAGCUCCAGUCCCAGGCACCUUUCUGCCAAAUAUACUUGCUUCAAGUGGUACAGCUGUUACCCCAUUUUUUCAACAGCAUGCUGCUCCAGUGGUACCACAACAAAAUCAAACUAAGAUCCAGGAUGAAUUAGUGAUUGCUAGAGAAAUUGUAAUAAAUGAUGUGGAAUCUUCAGUUCGGUACAAGCUCACAAAGCGCCAGACACAGGAAGAGUUUGUCAUCUUUCAGAUUCAAAGGUGCACUGGUGCUGUGGUCAUAACUCGGGGUAAGUAUCACCCACCAAAUGCUCCACCUGAUGGUGAAAAGCCUCUCUAUCUUCAUAUAUCUGCUGCCACUCAUUUAAAAGAAACAGCGGAGCGAAUUUUAGCUGUAGAUAGCGCGGCUACCAUGGUUGAAGAACUGUUGAAACAUGGUCAGAGCUCACAGGCAGGGGCUUCCCCUUUUAAGGAAGCUGUGAUGAACGGUGUGAAGGCAUUGAGCAUGUGUGUAUAUUUGGGCUUUGAUGCAGACCCAUCACUGAAUGUUGCUGCACGUAUUUGUGGACCAAAUGACCAGUAUAUAAAUCACAUUAUGAAGGAAACAGGAGCAACUGUCACGUUACGAGGAUGUGGUUCUGGAAACUCUGAGAUCCUGAAGGGUGAAGAAGCACAGCAACCAGUGCACUUAUUCUUGUCCAGUAACAAUCCUAAAAGUCUUGAUGAUGCCAAGCGUUUGGCAGAGAAUCUCAUGGACACUAUCAGCCUAGAGUUUGGUGCAUCCAGGAUUUCAUCAAGUAAGGUUUAUGGUGCAGUUCCACCUCCACAGCAGUUGUUGACUGGAGUUCAAAGUUCUGCAGGCGAACAAAACCUAAAUGCUAGUUCAGCUGCUGGUUUGAUGUCAAUUCCAGUUGCUGCUCCAGCUCCACCUGUUUCAGUCCCUGGGGUCACUACUGGUUAUUCUCAAGGGAUUGCUGUAGGGCUGCCUAAUUCUGGGCCAACCCAAUCAAAUUCAAUUGGUUAUCCACAGCCUUCGGUGACUAGAGGGACAAGCUACAUUGGAUAUGGUGGGAUAUACCCCCAAGCAACACCAUUGCAACAGGUAGCAUUAGCUCUUAGACAAUCAUCUCCAAUCUCAUCUACUGUUGUACCUGCAACAUCUGUAGCAAGCACGGCUGUUCCUACAAUGUCAUUUGUCAGUACGGUAACCAAAUCAAGUGUUAGUUCUACUUUACCUUUAGAGAAAGAGCAACGGCCCCCACAAAAGCGGAAGUUCCAGGAGUUACCGGCUGGUUCAAAGGGCUCUUCAAGAAUCAACCAGGUAUUUUCUAUGACAUUCUAAGAAGCUAAUAGGCUGAUACCGGACCUCUGUUAGGGCCAUUGGUUUGUAUGUUUCACAGGGUUUUCAGUUUCAGAGGAGAAAUUUGAUGAGUGUUUCCUGCUUUAAAACCAUGACGGGGGACCACUUCAAGAUAUUUGUUCUCUUUGAUUGGGUGUAUUGUUUCAUAUCAUGCAGUUUGCAUUUAGAUGUUGUUGUGUCUUCCAUGGUUAGCGUUAUAGAAUGUGCAAGCUGAAGUUUCAUUGAAAGGGUCUUUGGUAUCAUUGUGGUUUAGCAUUUUUGUUUAGGAUUUUACUUUAAAGCUGAAGCUCCUAUUGAAAAUGCAUGAAAUGCAUUUUAACAGGUACAUAAGCUGACAACAAACUUUGUGCCACUGCGACCAUUUUUUGGCGACGAUGAUACUGUACAUGACAUCUGCAUUUUUUUUUAUUUUUGCAUCUUUCCACAAACUACCUUAGUUCUUGAUUUGAAAAUUUCCAGGCUCAAUGUCAGCGUAUAAGGUCCUAACAUCUGUUCAGUGAAGACAUCAAGGGUCAAAUUAACUAACUAAAUCAUGGUCUUUCACUAAUUCCAUGUCAUUUUCCCCGAUACAGGACCUUUGUAAAGAUUCUGUUGUACCCUUGAGAUCUUAACCUCCUGCUUUUUCCAGAUGUUGCUCAUUAACUAUUAUGUCACUACUUUUGAGAAAUUAGGCUUGGAUUGUUUUUGUGCAACUCAUUUCAGGUAUCUGAAUCUUCAAAUCCAAACAAGCCAUUGGGAGACUUGGGAGUGAGAAAUGUAUCAACUAUGCCUGCUCCAAAGAAGCUGAUUAAUCCAUCA